AUGAUGGUCCCUAGAGCCUUUCUCUUCAGCUCAGCACCACCACAGAAACCCUUCCAUCCUCCGGGGAUAGAUACGCUCACUACAUCGGAUCUUCAUCUCCCCGCAACUAUGGCCGAGGCUCCCGGACCGAUCACCACUAUCCCGGUGGUGAUUCCUCCAAAGCGUGGCUCGCGUACCACAACAGCACGUCGAGAAAAUCGUUCUCGUACUCCAUCUCGGACUCCAUCGAAACCUUCCAAACCCUCCGAGACCUCUCGUGGCUCCUCUUCCAUUUCGGCAAACGAUCGCCAUAUACCUACGUCAUUCACCUCCAUGUUAGACGCCACGGCCAUCCCAGUCCCUCGACGGAAUUGGAGCUCACGUAGACCUCGGAAGCUUCCCCGUGGAACUUCCGCCGAGGAUUUCAAGCGCAUGUUGCAAGAAGAGCUCAGCCCACCGGAUGACCAGAAUGAGAAACUACUGGCUGACAACGAUUCCGAACUUGCGUUCCCACCAUCAGUGAGAUCAACGUCAAGCGAGUCAAUGCCGUCGUUAGACCAUGGCCUAGCUUCGCCGUCCAGUUUUCCCUCGCCGCCGACUCCCCCCGGCAACAGAAGUCCACCAGAGAGGCGACAGCCUCGAUACUCGCAUUGCGAGGAGUGUGCCUUGGAUCAUCCUCUUCUCGAAACUGAAGUUGAUAAUUCUGACUUCACGGCGAAAGAUGAUGAACCUGUCAUCGUCGUCGCUACAGUAUCACCAAAACGAUCCGCAUCAUUUGGGCGCCUUGGCUCUACUUUCAAGUCGAACCUCACGGCAUCCUUGCGGGCUAUCAAAUCGGCUGCUCAAUCCGUAUCGACAUUUGCCACACCAUCUGUUCAACCGGAGGAUUUCCUUACUCGAUCUCUCUUCACUAUCACCCCAGAGAUGACCGAUGAUCGCCGGCCUCUACCAAUGCAAGAGGCGCCUUCUCCAGAACUACGGCGUUAUUUGAACCCGAGCCCGAUGAACCCUGCUCCUAUGUCACCGGCUGAGAUGUACGUCUAUCACGACCAUCCCCACGACACGCCACAGCCAUCCGGGACUUGCCCCGUUUCGAUCCAAAUGCAGACAUACCGCCGGGCUAGCAGCCGCGGAAACCGACGCAACAAUUUCCACAUCGCAAGCACGGAACAAAAAUACGUGACUUUCGACCCCGAAAUCCCGCCCAUGUCGCGCCAGCGCGAAGUGCGCGAGAACAGCGACUUCUUACGCGUGGUCGUUCUCGAAAUGAACAUGCGUCGUAGCGGCAAACUCCGCGAAGACAUUCCUCCCCGCGCUCGCAUCUGGUUGCCAGCACGCAAAACCACCUAUCGCCUGGCGGGACAAUACGAGGACGACGACAACAACACAGUUCCAUCUCGCUGGAUCGGCAUUUCCGCCUGA